ACAUAAGAAAAAGCACAGUUCAUAAAGUAGGCCAUUGCAGAACAUAAAAGCAAUGAAAUUCUAGAGAGAGAAAGAGACUUGAAUGAGAGAGAAGAAAUCUUGGUUCAAUUUUUUACAAGCAAUAAUGGGUUGAUCAUAAAGAAUUUGCAGCUAGCUGAAGGUGUUUUUUAAUGAUUCUUGGCCAAAGUUUUGAUUUUUCUGGUUAGGUUAACAUUUUUUGGAGACAGAGAUUACUUUUUGUGGAUUAGUUUCGGCUGUCUUGAUUCGGAUUAAAGAUUCAGUUCAUUAGUAUUUAAUUGAGUGAUCAGAACUCAGAAAUUACUUUUACCAGUCUGCUUAAGGUCUACAGCUCAAGUUAUAUAUUGACGGGUUGAAUUGUUCUGGGAAUUGGUUUGGUAUCUGCAUUGCAAAUAUAAGUUUGGCAUCAUGGCUUUGUCGCAUACAAACUCGCAGAAGAAGUACUCUUGGUGGUGGGACAGUCACAUAAGCCCCAAAAACUCAAGAUGGCUUAAAGAAAAUCUCACAGAUAUGGAUUCUAAAGUCAAAUCAAUGAUCAAGCUUAUUGAAGAGGAUGCUGAUUCUUUUGCAAGAAGAGCGGAAAUGUACUAUAAGAAGAGACCAGAGCUUAUGAAAUUGGUUGAAGAGUUCUACAGGGCAUAUAGAGCAUUGGCUGAAAGAUAUGAUCAUGCUACUGGGGCGCUCCGUCAGGCCCAGCAAACAAUGUCAGAAGCGUUUCCAAAUCAAAUACCCAUGAUGCUUGCUGACGAUGCACCUGAAAAUUAUGAUUCUGAUGCUGAUCAAAGGACACCUAAGAUGUCAACUCCUGCUCGGGCUUUUUUUAAUCCGGAUGAUCUACCCAAGAACUCUUCAGGCCGCCCGUAUUCCCAUGCUCCGAAGAAAAAUGGGCAAUUUGCAGAAGCUUUGGAUUCUUUAAAACAACUUAAUGGUCAAUUUGGAUCUGGAGAGAAUGCAAAAUUUACAGAAGGGAGGGCAAGAAAAGGCCUUAAUUUUCAAGAUAAUGUGGAGUCUGAUCAGUUGAUUAAAUCUGAGAAAGAAAUACUAAAUUUAAAGGAAAUUAUUGCUAAAUUAGAAGCUGAGAAGGAAGAUGGACUAAACCAGUAUCAACAGUGUUUGGAGAGCUUGUCCAAGUUAAAAGAAGAUGUCUCUCGUGCUCAAGAGAAUUCGAGAGAACUCAAUGACAAAGCAAGCAAAGCUGAAACUGAAGCACAACAUUUAAAGGAAGCUCUCAUCAAAUUAGAAGCUGAAAAGGAGGCUAGCCUUCUGCAAUACCAUUUGUGCUUGGACAAUAUUUCUAAUCUGGAAGACGUUCUAUCUCGUGCUAAAAAUGAUUCUGAGAAUUCUGAAGAACGAGCUCAUAAGGCUGAAACUGAAUUUCAUUCAGUAAAACAAGACCUUGCUAGGGCAGAAGCUGAAAAAGAUGAUGUUCUGAAUAAGUACAAGCAAUCUUUGGAGGUGAUAUCAGAUUUGGAGAACAAAAUACUGCUUGCUGAAGAAAGUGCUCAAAAGCAAAGCGAACGUGCUGAAAUGGCCGAAGGUGAAGUCGAAACUCUAAAGCAAGCUAUACUAAAGUUGACUGCUGAGAAGGAUGCUGCAGCUCUCCAGUAUCAACAGUGCUUGGAGACCAUAGCUGGUCUAGAGCGUUUGGUUUCCAGUGCACAUGAGGAAACUCAAUGGCUCAAUGAUGAGAUAAAUAAGAGAGGUGAGAAGCUAAAGGGUGCUGAGGAACGUUGUGUGCAGUCAGAGACAUUGAAUCAGUCACUCCACUCUGAGUUAGAGACUGUGCUUCUGAAGAUGAGUAAUCAAAAUCAAGAAUUAACAGAGAAGCAAAAAGAGUUGGGAAGGCUUUGGACGUGCAUACAGGAAGAGCGAUUGCGCUUCAUAGAGGCUGAAACCGCAUUCCAGACUUUGCAGCAUUUACAUUCCAAAGCUCAGGAUGAACUAAGGUCCCUGGCUUUAGAACUACAGAAUCAGACUCAAACUGUAAGGGAAAUAGAAACUCAUAAUGUGAAUUUGCAGGAUGAAAUCCUGAAGAUAAAGGAAGCGAACAUGGGCCUAAAUCAGCUGAAUCAGUCUUCGACUAUAUCCAUGGAGAGCAUGCAAAGUGAGAUUUGUAGCUUAAGGGAAAUGAAUGGGAAGCUUGGGGAGGAGGUUGAGCUUCGAGUGGAUCAACGAAAUGCUCUUCAGCAAGAAAUUUAUUGUUUGAAACAGGAGCUUAAAGACUUGAAUGAUAAACAACAAGCGCUUUUGAAUCAGGUGGAUGCAGUAGGUUUAACACCGGAGUGCAUUGAAACAUCAGUGAAGGAACUGCAAGAUGAGAACUCUAAUUUAAGAGGGUUGUACCAGAAAGAAAAAAGCGAGAAGGUGGCUCUAAUUGAGAAGCUUGAAAUCUUUGAAAAGCUUUUGGAGAAAAAUGCUCUCUUAGAGAAUUCCCUUGCCGAUAUGAGUGUUGAACUGGAAGCAGUUCGAGGGAAGAUUGUUGUGCUGGAAGAAUCUUGUGAAUGUCUUUUACAGGAGAAAUCUGCUCUUGUUGAUGAGAAGGUCACUUUAAUGUCUCAACUGCAGUCAACAACAGAUAAUUUGGGCAAACUCUCAGCAGCUAGCACCAUUUUACAGAAUUCUCUUGAUGAUGCACAUAACGAACUUGAAGAAAUAAAGGCUAAAGCUAUGAACUUGGAAGAUUCAUGCAUGUUGCUGGUCAGUCAGAAGUCUAGCCUGAUCAGUGAGAAGGAUAAUUUGGUUUCCGAAUUGGAAAUUACUCACCAGAGGUUAAAGGGUUUGGAGGAAAAAAUUGUAGAACUCGAGGAGAAGAAAUUGGUAGUGGAGAAAGAGAAACUUUUGGCACUGAACGUAGGACAAGAGCUGAAAGUUUCUCUAGAGGCAGAGAAACAUGAGCAUUCCUGUUUUGCCAAAAUGAGGGCAACACAAUUGGCUUGUUUGGAGACUCAGGUUCAUCUCUUAGAAGAAGAAAAGUGUAGCAUAAAUAAAGCAUGGCAGAAAGAACUAGACAAAGCUCUGAAUUCCCAAAUGGAAACUUUUGUUUUGCAGGCUUGUGUACAGGAUCUGGGAGAGAAGCACUCAUCUCUCUUGAUUGAGUGCCAGAAACUCUCGGAGGCUUCCAAGAUGUCAGAAAUGUUGGUAUCUAAACUAGAAAAGGAGAAUGUUGAACAAACGGUGGAGGUGAAAUCCUUGUCUGACCAAUUAAGCACAUCAAAAAAUGGCAUGCAUCAUUUGUUAACGGCUCUUGAGAUUAUUGCGGACCACAAAUGUGAAGAUAAAAAUGGGCAAGAUGAAGUCAAUGUGGAUCAUAUCCUCAGAAAACUACAAGAUACAAAACAGUCCUUAUGCAAGUCGCAGGAUGAAAAUCAGCUUCAAGCUGUUGAAAUAUUAGUUCUUGUCACACUGUUUAGUGAAAUGAGAUCAGAGGCAGCAAAAAUAGCUACGGAAAAAAACAUUACUGACAAAGAAUUAGCUAUCAGGUCUGCGCAAUGUGUGUCGGUUCAAAGUGAGGCCCGCAAACUUUUUGAGAUCACUGAAAAACUUAGGUUGGACGUAAUUGAUGGAUGUCAGAAAGAGAAAGAAUUGGUGACUCAGGCAGAGAAUCUAUCCCAAAGGUUGCUGGACAAGGAAAUGGCUUGUGAAAAUCUACAAGACGAAAAAACGCACUUGCUUGUUGAAUUAUUAGUUCUUGUUACACUGUUUAGUGAAUUGAAAUCAGUGGCAGCAAAAAUGGCUACAGAAAAGAGCAUUACUGAUCAAGAAUUAGCUAUCAGGUCUGCGCAAUGCGCGGCGGUUCAAAGUGAGGCCCACAAACUUUUUGAGAUUACUGAAAAGCUGAGUUUGGACGUAAUUAAUGGAUCUCAGAAAGAGAAAGAGUUGAUGACUCAGAUAGAGAAUCUAUCCCAAAGGUUUUUGGACAAGGGAAUGGCUUAUGAAUAUCUACAAGAUGAGAGAAUGCAUGUGCUUGAUCAAAAUAACAUCUUACUAGAAAAAGUUUCACAGUUGGAGGAAAAGAAUGAUACAAUAGAAGAGGACAGUUGUAUGAUUUUUGGUGAAAUGUUAUCUUUGAAUGUCCUCUCUCUGAUAUUAAAGAAUAAUGUUUGUGAAAGAUCUUUGGAAAUGGAAGAGAUUCAGCUUGUCAAUACUUCCCUGGAAAAGAAAUUAACCAUAAAAGAAAAGAUGUUGGAAGAUCUUCAAACUGAGAACCUGCUUCUCGGUGAGACAGUGCAGAAGUCAGGGGAUGAAUUGCAAUCAGUCACAUGUGUUGUUGGUCAGUUGAGUCAUGAGAUUGAAAGUGUUAAGAAUCUGUUUCACUUAAAAGAAAUAGAACUUCUGGAAGCACAACAAAAGAUUACUGUCAAAGAAGAUGAAAAAUCAGGGUUGGCCAAGAUAGUGGAGGAUUUGAAGAGUAAAGAAGAUGUACUUCAGAUAAUUCGAGAAGACCUGGAGAAGCAUAUAGGCCAACUCGAGGAAGACAAGGAUCAUUUGAGUGAGAAAAAUAGGUCUCUUGGCGAGGCAAAACAGAACUUGGAGGUCGAAUUGCGCCUUCUUCAUGAUAAACAUGAAACAGCUAACUAUAAGGAAGCAAGUUUGCUUUCCCAAAUGCAAGAGAGAAAUGAAGAGAUUGAUAUGUGGGAGACACAGGCAACAGCAUUUUACGGUGAAUUUCAGACCUCUGCUGUAGCUCAAGCUUUCUUUCUGGAGAAAGUCCGUGAGCUUACUGAAGAAUGCACCAGUCUCCGGGAUGAAAUUACUUCAAAAGAUGUGAAAAUGGAUAUGUUAGACAAAAGAAUAGGCAUUUUGGAAGGUCAAAAUAAAGAACUUGAAGCUCAGAUCGCUCCAUAUAGCCAAGCCCUCACUUCUUUGAUAGAUAGCAUAUCAUCUCUGGAGAAGCAUACCUUCCUGCAUGCACAUCUUGAUAAAACUAUCAAUGAAGAAGUAAAGGAUGCUAAAUUGGCAAAUGAAGACCCUGCUGCAAGUGAUCAAAGUGAUAAUAAAGCCAUAUCGCCAGAUACAAUUUUAAAUAUGCAGCAUCUUCAAGGUAGAAUCAAAGCUAUAGAAGAUACCAUUGUGGAAAUGGAAAGGCUUGCAAUUGAAGAAAACUCAGAUUUACAUGCCAAAUUGGAAUGUGCAUUGAAAAAGAUAGAUGAAAUGAGCUCUGAAAACCGUAAAUACACGGAAAACUUAAAGCAGCCACAAUCUGAAAUUUCAGAGGAGAAUGGGCUUCUGCCAAAAGACAUUAUGCUUGAUCACAUAUCUGAAACUUCCUCCUAUGGGAUAAGUAAAAGACGCUAUGACGGGUCUGAUAUCCAAGUGUUUGAGACGUGGGAAAACACUGAUCAAGAAAGUAGCAUUAAUCUUGCUGUUGGCAAGGGAAAGAAGUCGGUCAAUGCACCCAAUAAGAAAGAGCAUUCUGAAGCAAUUAAACAGGAUAGAGAAUUUAUUACUUCAAAUUCUCUAGUAGAGAAAGAGUUGAGAGUGGACAACUUUGAGAUCUCCAAGAGAUUUAUGCAGCCCCCACAGGAUGGGAACAAGAGAAAAGUCUUGGAAAGACUGAACUCUGAUGUCCAGAAGUUGACAAACCUUCAAAUCACUGUCCAAGAUUUGAAGAGGAAAGUUGAGAGUGUCGAGAAGACCAGAAAAGGCAAAGGAAGCACUGAAACCGCUACUAUUAAAGGGAAGUUGGAAGAAGCUGAGUCAUCAAUCCAGAAGUUGUUCGACUUCAAUGGAAAAUUGAUGAAGAAUAUCGAGGACAAAUCUUCACAGGCUGUCCAGAAGUCUGUAACGGAAUCGGAAGAAAGUGGCAGUGCAAGAAGGAAGAGAAUAUCAGAGCAGGCGCUAAGAGUAUCAGAAAGAAUUGGCCGGUUGCAGUUGGAAAUACAGAGAAUACAGUUUGAAUUACUAAAGCUUGACGAUGGCAAGGAAAGCAAAGGAAAAAUUAAAAUUGUAGAGUCCAAAAGAAGAGUCCUUCUCCGGGAUUAUCUCUAUGGUGGAGUAAGAAAGAUCCCCAAGCGAAAGAAGGCGCCAUUUUGUGCAUGCGUAGAACCUAAGACAAAGGGAGACUGAGCUAGGUAUUUACACCAAGCCUGCACAUGAGUAGAGUAAUAGAGUUCAUACUUUCUCCAUUAUAUUCCUUAGCAAAUUUUUGAAUAAAUGGUCUCCCGACAUUAGAGAAACUCCUGUACAUUAUUAGGCAUCUGUCAUAUUAAAAAGAAGCCUACUCUUGCGUAUAAUUUGUUUACUUUCUUACUUGAGUACAUGAUUAUUAUUGGGCUAA